AUGAUUCUAUUUUCAGCCAUUUCUAAAGGAACUCUAAUUUUAUGUGAAUAUACUGAAUCUAAUGAAGAUUUCUAAUAAUUAAUUUCCAAAUAGCUCAAAUUCAUUAAGAACAAAGAAGAGAAACAACAAUUCCAAAUCGUAUAAUAAUUCCCUACCUUAAAUCUAGAACGAAUACAUUUUGUAUAUCUUGCAAAAUAAUCAAUUUAAUUUCUUGUGUCUAAUGCUACAACCAGAAAACAAUGAAGAGCAAUAAGCACAUGCCUACAAAUUCCUCAAAGACAUUUCAGACAAGUUUUAAUUAAUGACUUAGAGUAAAACAAUAAUUUAACAUCAGCCCAAGGGAUAGAUAAGGGUCAAUUCACUAAGACCAUUGCAGAACUUAUGAGUUAAUACAAUGCUAAAUCUGAAAACCCCUGUAAUUAGUUGAAACAAUAAAUUUACGAGUAAUUAAAGGAUGUAAUUUUAGAAUUUAGUGUUAAUAAGAAAUCAAUACACCAGGGGUUUUUGAGAGUACCAAAGAUCUCUCCAAUAAAAAUAAUAUGGAAUAUAGUGUAUAUACUUGCAAAUCGGUUUUCUUUGUAAUUAACUUAUUUCUUGCUGGAGUGCUAGUUGAAUUAUUUGCUAAAUUUAAUAGAUAUUUAUGA